CACGGAAGUAAAUCUACUGAAGUACUGUAGUGCCUGAAAUAGGCGAAAGGAAAAGUUGCCUUAUAUGUUUAUGCACUUUAUGUAUUCACGAAGUGUCGGUCUCACCGCACCUUGUGUGUGUGUGUAAGAUAAUUUGUCGAGAAAUCGUGUCGAUACGUUGAUUGUCCUUUGGCAGUAUGUUUACAGAAUACAUGUUAUGACGGAGGUACAGGGACAGGAUUGUGUGCAAGGUGAGUGCUAAAGUUUAAUCAGUCCAGACAGCCUCAACAACCGUGCGUUGGCAUUGCAGCACUGCGGACGGUUAUGCCAGCUCUAAAGAUGGCAGAAUCAGGAGACCAUCAGAGGCAAUUUCAGGCAGCUGUCGACGUCAUACAGAAUCUCCCCAAAAAUGGUUCUUACAGACCCUCGUAUGAGGUGAUGUUGCGGUUCUAUGGGCUCUACAAACAAGCUGUGGUUGGACCCUGCACAGUGUCAAGACCAGGGUUCUGGGACCCAGUGGGACGCUACAAAUGGGGUGCUUGGAGCUGUCUGGGAGACAUGAGCAGCGAAACAGCCAUGGCCGCCUAUGUGGACGAGAUGAAGAAAGUAGCACAAGAGGUUAUCGACACUAUGCCGAUGGAUGGGAAGACGGCCUCUUUUUUCCACUACUUCGAGCCACUCUAUAAGGUUAUCCAUGAUAUGCCUCGGCCGCCGGAGUCACUGCUUAGCGCUCAAGCUGGUCAGUUUGCCUGUGCUUUUAUAUAUGCAGUACAUCAACACAAAUCACUACUAGGCAUCCCGAAACACAAUGCAACAAAAGACAUCAACGACAAUGAGCAAACCUCAAACUCAGUCGAGUCUGAGCAGGAUAUCCCUCCUCCGGAUGCUCCAGCCAGCACCCAGGACCCAGUAGAGGAGCUGUCCCGUGCUGUAGCACCAGAGCAGGACCCAGUAGAGGAGCUCUCCCAUGCUGGUGUUCCAGAGCAGGCCCCGGCUGAGACGAGGGCCCCCAGCCCCCACCUGCCAGAGCCUGAGCCGCUGUCCUCGGAUGGUCCGGUGUUGACCAGUGACUCGGAGAGCGAGAUCUACUGCGACACAGUGGAGCAGCUGGACUCCGGCAAGACUGAGUCCAUGCCAGACGGGCUUGACAAUAGGCUGGCUCACUGCGAACCCGAAGGUAACCAAGGGCAUCACGUGGCAUCCGUCUCCCAGGUGACAGAGGUGGGCUCCGGGCAAGGAGGCGAGGGGGGCGGUGGGGGCCGCGGCCCCCCCUCGAGGAGGAGAGACUCAGGAAGGGACGCUGCCAGGCAUCCUGCCAGGGAACCCAUUGGUGGGGGUCCGGAGCGCGAUGCGCAGCAGGGGGGCCGCGUGCCGUUGGGCGUGGGAGGAGGGGGAGAGGACGGCUCGGGCGGCUCCGACAGACUACAGGAAGUCCAGGUGCAGCAGCAGAUUGUGCUGGCGCUACGGCGGCUCAGAGAGGACAUGCAGAGCGUGAUGGAGCGGCUGGAAGUGGUGGAGGGCCUCGCUGCUGCCAAUGCUCAGAGCUCAAGCUGGAGGACUCGGACUCCGCUACCAGCUAAUGAAAUUGAGGUAAAUAAGAGCGACUGGUGGUGGCCAUUUGAUGUGUCUGGACACACACUGCUGCUCCUGCUGCUGUGGCCUUUCGUCGCUCAGGGACUUGUGUUCCUUCUGCAACGGAGGAGGAGAAAGCCCCACUUGCCUACAUGAGUCUGUCGACAGAGAGACAGAGGAUAGCAAAUGUUUCAGUUUGCUUGUCAGUUGCUCGUUGAAAGAAAAUGUGUUGCAGAUCUUUGGUGAAGAGUAUGAUUGCCUUGCCUCAGGUAAAAUCAAAUAAGUGUUUCACAGUGACCGUGGUUCCUUUUCAUCUUCAAACAUGCAUAAGAAAUCAAUCUAGACCAUGGGAUGAACGAAGCAGACUGUUUUAUUUCAUUUUAUGUCCUAGGCCUACUCAUUAUUUUAUGUAAUUGUUGUCAAUAUUUAACAAAUCCAAUACCUUGUUCCAGAGGUCAAACAUUGGACCAAGAAUGAUGAAGGUGUGUCUUUUAAUUGUGGUCACUGUAAGUUAAUUCAUGUCUUAGCUCAUUGACCACUUUGUAUUUUGUGUUUCUUCAGUAAAGCUAAUUGAAACAGCUGGUGAAAGUGUUGACGUCUGAAGAAAAAAAAAAAACAUCUCCAGUUCGAUAGUAUUAGAUUAAGCUUUCAGUAUGGCCCAGACAUACAAAUGAAAGGUUUUCCACAAUUGCAUCAGUCUUGAAUCUCGUGAAGUUUUAAAAUUGUUCAUCUUCCAGCUACCCAGCGUUUCCCUAAAACGCUGUAGAAAAGUGUGCAUGCCGGUCUCAUUAUUGUCUUGGAGGGUGGGAGUGAAUGUAGUUGCUCCCGACUAGGUUGGUUUCACAUCCUCAAUGAAUGUUCUGCACCAGUGUCAACCCAAGGAGGAAUUCAACUAACCUUUACAAUGGCCUGCAUUGUGUGCACUUUGACCUCACCGAAGUAAACACUGACGACUCAAAAGGCCUAUAAGGAAGCCAGAUAGGGGCCAUGAACAAUAGAGAACAACAUUUUAAUGCUCUAUCAUAUCUAGAAAAUAAUACAUUGAGACUUUAGAGAAUCGACCAGGUUUGUUCACAGAUCUUUUAACAUCUGUUUGGACCAGUGAAAGAGGGUCUGCCAUGGUCCUGACAUGUAUACAGUGACACAGGCUUACAGUCAGGAUUAGAUCAUGAAGCCCAGAUCUGAGGGGAAGGAAACGAUGUCUACGUGUUUGUGCAUCGCAAUCAACAUCUCUGCAUUCUGUUGCAAUCAUAAAAUAUGUUGGUGCAUGUUGCCUGACUCUUUUGGUGAUAUGGACAGGCAAAAUCAGCAGCCUGGAUAGAGAUGGGGAGAGUGUGUUUAUGACAAUGAAUUUGGUGGGUUAGGUUUAUAGAAUGUUGCAGGCAUUCUCACUGGAGGUCAACAAGAAGCUGAUGGUUUAACUGUACUUCAUGGCAAAAUACUCAUAACAAUAA